AUGAAAGCCGGAAAAGCCAAACCUCAUCACCCAGAAAUCCUCACCUGGGGGCGGCGGUGCGCUAGGAGGUGGCGGGGAGAGGCGGCCCCCCUCCCGCUGGAAGCUCACGGAAAAGAGUUCUUCAGAUCGUUCCCCUGCCCAACUUCCUCAGAGCCCGGGUGGGUGAGAUACAGAGACUUCCAUCACCCCCUCCCGGACCCCUGCCUCCCCCACCCUCGGCAAGCUCCGGGCCUAGGCAGCCACCCGAGACCUCACUUACCCUCGGCGCCUGGCGAGUGCUUUAGCCUCGGGCCGCCUCCGCCUCUCCCGCUCCCAACGGCCCACGGGCGGGCGCCGGAGCCCCGCGCGGGAGAACGGGGCCGGCUGGUGAGCGAAGAGAGGCAAAGGGCUCCGCCACCGUCAGAACCCGCGACUCCGCUCUCGGUAAAUAGGAAACCCGGUGGAGGGGGGGGAGGAGCGGCGGCACCGCAACUUCCCUCCCCGCCUCGAGCGCCGCCGGCCGGGCCCGGGCCUAGGCCUCCCUGGCUACCGCCGCCGCCGCCGCCGGAGCUGGUACCAGAGCCCGCUACGUGCCCCCGAUGGGCCGCCGCCGCCUCCUGCGCCGCCGCUUCCGUCGGUGAAUGGUCAGCGCUAGAGUUUGAACAGGGCCCUGAACCAUCUCAACGCCAUUUGCGCUCCCGGCCCCCACCUCCUUCCUCCAACAGCGGCUCGCUCCGUCACUCCGCUUCCCACAGGCCCCGCGCGGCCGCCCGACCCCACAGCCAAUCGCGCGGCUGCUUACUCAAACCGCCGCGCAGGCGCCGCGCCCCGCAUGCUCCGGCGCCCGCCAUUGGGCCGACCGCGGCGCCCGACGGGAGUUGUAGUCCGGGUCCGCGAGGUCGCGGCGCUGAGAGCUCGGCGCGGGAGCUGGCAGCGGGAGGAGAGGUUGCGGCGGACCCGGACGGCCCGGGCUCCGGAGCAAGUUCCAGCUGCUGGCCCUGCCGGGAGACGCAGGUGCCACGGGGGAGGGCCGGGGGCGCAGUGCAGGCAGCUGUGUCAAUCGUUUCCCCUCCAGGGACUCGCCGGUGUCUGGAGACGAAACUGAAAAGGAUCUGAGGCAAGCGUGUACCCUUUGAUGCUGCAGGCUGUCCCUGUAUGCUGCCUAGAGGAGCACAGCAUCCCCACUACCUUGAGUUCCACUCAGAUGGACUCUAGCUGAAAAAAGAAAAUCCCACAAAGAAAACUAAUAGAAUAAUCUAUUCUGCCAUUGUUGUGCCUUUGUUUUAGCCCAGUCAUGGGAACUGUCAGAACUGGAGUUGCUAAAUAGAGCUAUGCAGUCUUUUUCUGAUAAUGUGUAGUAAAAUGUACUACAACUUAUAUAAUUCAGUUCCAAGAACUAGAGGUGAGAAAUUACCACAUCAGCUAGAGGAAAUUUUUCCUUUUCAUGGAAUGUGGAAUAAAAUUAUAAAUCAUACCCUUAACGUUGUAGUGGUUGUAUUACAAGAUGUGGGCCCCGCCCUGCCUUUAUCUCUCUGGCACUCUGCAACCCUUCUCUCUGUUCCGAGGAAUAUUGGGCUGAUAGGACUUUUUCAACUAAUGUCCCCCUGACUAGCCUAUUUUAAAUUGUAACACACCCACUCUCAAAUGUUCACUAUUCCCCCCCUUAUUUUUCUUCAGGGCAUUUAUCUCCUCAUCCAACAUAUCACAUAUUUUGCGUGUUUAUCUUCCAUAUGAGGUUAGAGAUCUUUGCUGGUCUUGUUUUCUGCUGUAUCCCUUGCACCUAGAAGAGUGUGUGGCACAUAGUAGGUGCUCAGUAAAUAUUUGUUGAACAAAUGGCCCCAUUUCUUUCUUAUUUUAAUGUAAGAUUAUAUCAUAAAAAGAAAGUGACUUGAAACUAACAACAGUUUCACAUAAAUUGUGGCUCCAUAAGUUGAUGACUGGGUUUUCCCAAGUGGGAGGGAGUGCUUUCUGGAGCUACCUUUUGUUCUUGCUUUGGAUAGGUUUUCAUUCUGAGAAUUGAGGCGAUGAAUAUUACUACAAUCCCAAUUACCUUGUUUUCUGGGAUAAUUGGAACAUGUUCUCUGUAGAUAGUGACAUCCUUCGGGGAAUAAACUGCUGUCUAGGUAAUUGAAAGACAAAGCAAGGGAAAUUCCCUGUUGACAGGCUGCCUGACAAGGGUUGGUACCCAGUCAUCUCUAAAGGUCUGGCUAUCUGACUCUUGUCUGGAAACAGCCCUCUUCUCCCCAAGGUCCUCACCCCUAAUGCUCUAUGAUACCCCUCUCCCUCAACAAAAACCCUCCUGGGACUUCCCAUCACGAAAACUAAAAUCCAAAAUCCUUACCAUGGCCUAUAAGGCCCUGCAUGAUCUGGCCCCUGACAACUAUCCCUUCCCACUUUGCCAAGCCUGCCUCUGUCUACUACUAGAACCUCCCAGCUACUGCCUCAGGGUCUUUGUACUGCUGUUCCCUCCACUGGUCCUAGAGAUAAGCACAGGACUCAAGCCCUCACCACUCAGGUCUUCGCUCCAGUGUCUCCUCAAUAGCGACUACACUGACCAUGCUACUUAAGUUAAACCCCUCACCCUGCUAUCCCCACACUCCAUAUCCUUUCCCUCUUGUCUUUCACCAUAGUAGUCAUCAUGUUUGUUUUACAUAUUAACUUGUCUGUGUGUUUCCUUCCACUAGAAUAUAAACUCUAUGAGGACAGGGAUUGUUGACUUUUCACUGCUAUAUGCCCAGCACACCUAGAAUAGUGCCUCACACACAGAAAGCAUGCUGAAAAUGUUUGUGAACCAAAUACCUCGUAAAUUAUGUUGAACUCUUCCAUAUCUUUACUUAUUGUUUGUGUGCUUGAACUACCAAUAAUUGCAAAAGGUAUAUUGAAACCUCCCACUGUAAGAGGAAUUUUGUCAGUUUCUCCCUACAAUUCUAUUUCUGUUUUUAUGUUUUUAGGAUAUUUUUUUGGGCACAUAGAGUUUAGCAUUGUUAUAACUUCCUGAUGGUGUUGAAAGCUUUUUAAGUAAUAUGGGAGAUGAACUGCCAAAAUCGCUUGAAUUUUCCACCCCUCCCUGUACACACACCUCUUGCAAUGUGUCUUUCCAAUUCCUCCCAGAAUCUGGGCUGGCCUUGUAACUUGGUUCUGCCAAAAGAAUGUGGCAGAAGUGAUAAAUAGUUCUGAGCCUGAGCCUUCAUAAGCCUUGAAUGCUUCCACAUUCUCUCUUGGAUCCCUGCCUCCACCAUGAGAGCAGGCCUGGGCUAGCCUGCUGGAGGAUGAGAAGCUAUAUGGAAAAGAGCUGAGGACAUCCUAUACCAGUCAACAGCCAGCAGACCCCAAACAGGCAAGCCCAGCCAGGAUCAGCAUAGCCACCCACCUGACCUGCAGCUGCUCACAGAUGCAUGUGUGAGCCCACCUGGGACCAGAAGAACUGCCCAGCUGACUUGUAGACUCAUGAGCAAUAAUAACUAGCUAUAUAGUAAGCCUGUGAGUUUUUUUUUUUUUAGCCUGUGAGUUUUGAAGUGGCUUGUUAUACAGCAUAAUUGUGGCAAUAGAUAAUUGACGGUUAAUGCCUCCUCAUUUGGGUCGCAGCCUCAGAAAGGCUUUUCCGACUACCCAGGCAAUCUAAAUCUGCCUCCCAGUCUCUGUAUAAUACGGGUGUAUUAUUUUCUCAAUAACGCUUAUCACUCUCCAAAAUGAUUUGUUGACUACUAUCUGUCUCCCACACUAGACUGUCAGCGGUAUGAUGUCAGAGACCUUGUCUACCCGCUCAUCCUCAGCAUCCAAGCACGGUACUGCACUGUCCAGCUGUGUGUGUCCACCAAGCACUGGAAAUGUGGCUAGUCCAACCUGAGAUGUUCUGGAAAUACAAAGCACUGGGUUUCCAAGGCUUAGUACAAAAAUUGUAUAUAUAAAGUAUCUCGAUUGUUAUACUGAUAAAAUGUUGAAAUAAUAAUAUUUUGAAUAUAUUGUGUUAAGUAGAAUAUGUUAUUAAAGUUAAU